GACAACCUCUCCGCUCACCGGUUACCGCUACAAAAACCUGAAAAAAAUGGCCGCCAUUAAGCCCAUCACUGGUAUGCUCCGCCGGGGCCUCAUUACCGAUCUUAGCAUUGCGCUCGGUCUUGGUCUCGUUUUCAGCAACGCCUUCUGGUAUGGGUUCCACGUCCCGCGGACGAACGCCCGUGACAACUACUACAAGAAGCUUGAGGAGCAGCGCGCUGCCAGGCAAGGGGCUUAGCCGCUCGGGCAGCAUGACCGAGCAGUGGUAGCCUGCCAAUGGCACAAAGAGGGAGGAUAUGCAGCGAUGUGGUAGGGGCAGGAAGUGUGGGACUUAGUGUGUACCAUACGGAUAGACAAACGCCAACAAUUGAGUGUGUGGGCAGAUCUUGUGUCCGUAUCCUU